GCGGGAGAAGCUGCUGAACGUCGCCUCGUCUUCAGCCUCCUCAGCCCGGCUCUGACAGCUCCGACAAGACCCUCCAACAGCCAGACAGGACAGAGAGAGAGACACACACACACACACACACACACACACACACACACACAGAGAGAGAAACACAGACAACACAACAACAACAAGAAGCACACAGCGGCAUGGAGGAAGUCUGAGCCUCUGCUGGGAGACAGGCAACAGAAACGCAACAUACGGGACAUUUCGCUAAAGAUGGAUUCAAACCCGCUGAUAAACGCCAUGGACCCGUCCAUCACGCUGUGGCAGUUCCUGCUCCACCUGCUGGAAGACCAGCGGCAGCGUCACCUGAUCUCGUGGACCGGCGAGGACGGAGAGUUCAAGCUGCUGGACGCGGAGGAGGUGGCCCGCCUGUGGGGGCUCCGCAAGAACAAACACAACAUGAACUACGACAAACUGAGCCGAGCGCUGCGAUACUACUACGACAAGAACAUCAUAAAGAAGGUGAGCGGUCAGAAGUUUGUCUAUAAGUUCGUCAGUCAGCCCGACCCCUCUCUGCCUGAGGGGCUACGCAACGGAGAGGAGGGCCAGAGGAGGGACACCGCAGACCCAAACAGCCAAUCAAAAGGCCCCGUGGGCGGGGCUUCUACCUGUCCUUCAAAGAGCUUACCCCAGCGCUCGUCACCCAGCGGCUCCCAGAAAAGCUCCCGUAACGACUACAUGAAGUCCGGCCUCUACUCCACCUUCACCAUCCAAUCGCUGCAGGCUUCGCCCAACCCACGGCCAAUCAAAACGGAGCUGCUGAUACAACAAGAAGCCGCCUUGUUGGUCGAUCACACACCCAGAGAGGUCUGUGUAUUAUCAGACUCUAACUCCUCUCCAUCAGUAGGUGGAGCUGUUGAUUCAGCUCUCCAGGUGAUCGUCACUCAGCCAUCUCCCUGUCAGACUCCGGCUCUCAGCCCUCAGAUACCGGUCAGCGCCGCCAGCCAAUCACAGACUCCUUGUCUGAGCGACCCUCCCCAGAUUUAUCUCACCAGCGUCGGGGACCCUACCUCCCUGAUCCCCCUGGGUCCUGUCGGGGGGGGCUCUGUGAGUCCCGCGGCCCCCCCGAACCAUUUAUCAAUGCAGCAGGAGGACUACGGGGGGGUCACCAACCCUCACUCGACGCCGCCUGUCUUCGUCAUCAUCAACCCUCCUCCGCAUCAGCAUCAGCAGCAGGUUGCCAUGGCGGCGGCGGCGUCAGCAGCAGCUCCGUCCGGCGCCCGUCCUCCCCCGCCCCCCAUCGUCAUCAAGGAGGAGAACCUGCCGUCGGAGGAGGAGCUGCUGAAGAUUGUGUCUCUGGAGGAGAAACGGGUGGAGCAGGUCCCUCAGCUGAUCUUGGGGGAACCCGAGCCCCCCCUCACCAUCGUGGAAAGCCCGCCCCCUCCCUGCAUGGAGCCCGGGGUCGGAGGUCAGCAGCCUGCAGGGGAGAGCCAGGACACGCUGGCAGAUCCCUCGGCGCCUCCGGUGACCUCCUCCUCGGCGGUAACGCCAGACGCCGUUCCUCCCAAACCGAAGAAGCCGCGGGGCCUCGAGCUGCCCUCCUCCCCCUCCCUCCCCCCCGGCCUCUCCCUGGAUAAGGUGAAUGCAGCUGUUAACAGUUUAUUGGCUCCUGGCUCAGCAACCAACUCGCUCACCCAGACUGUCAUCACCUCCCAUGCUCUGACUCCGGUCCUGCUGACUCCGAGUCCUCUUCCCUCCACCAUCCACUUCUGGAGCACGCUGAGUCCCAUCGCUCCUCGCUCCCCGGCCAAACUCUCCUUCCAGUUUCCCACAAACGGCAGUAACCAGAUCCACAUCCCGGCUCUGAGCGUGGACGGCCUCUCCACCCCCGUGGUUCUCUCCCCCGGCCCGCAAAAACCCUGAGCCCUCCCCCACCUCCCCCCUGCCUCACACAGCUCUCCUCAACGGGCACGAUACUCACCUGCACCCUCCCCCCAAAAAACUGGCUCUGAAUCUGGACCAAUUGAUGGUUUAUGGGUGUACCUUUCGCAGCGGAGAGGGUCAUCGUCCAGACCAGCUGACCCGUGUCCCAGUUUGGUGAACUUCUGGCGCCUCCGAACUCUGGGCUUCAUCCUCCUUUUAACUCCUUCCCCUCAUUUCUUUCAGAGUUUUUUUUUUUUUUUAGCGGCACUCGAACACACCGUGACGACGUGGGGAAAAACGGGAUACCUACGAGCUGGAGGGAUUUCUUUUCUUUAUUGUUUUUCUUGUGCUGGGGCUGCAACCACCGACGAAACUUGAGGAUACGUUUUUGUGAAUGACAAAGAUUCAGUUUGUAACGAGAUACGUCGGAGAAAAGCAGCGAACUGGAAUUUUUACUGGUGGAAUCGUAGAAAAUUGAUCGACUUACCUGGCGGCCGCUGAGACGGUGUUUCCUGUCAGCUGGUCAGACAUUUUUAAACAAACUGACGAGGUUUUCGAUCGGAAAGUUUGACCUGAGUAAUAAUAUUCA